AACACCGUCAUUUUGUGUUCACUUUACUUGACGGAACAUUUAUUUUGAAAGUUGUGGCCGGAUGUCAGGUCUUUUAAACACUCGCUAACUUGACCACUCGUGAUUUCGGGACAAAUUGAGCAUCAGGCGCGUGAAGCCAAUUAAAACCCUGAACCGCAGCCGGUCAGAACCGGGGGACGGACCCGGGGGACGGACCGGACCCGCCGAGCAGAACCGGGACCGACGACCACCACCUCGACCAGGCUGAUUGAUCAUGUGGGGGGAAACUGUUCUGCUGCUGCUGCUGCUCAGUGUGGAAGCUGCAGUGGCGUCUCAGUGCUGGCAGGGGGCGACCUUCUCCGAGGCAGUGGUGUCCCCGGCGCCGGAGAGCAGCGGCGUCCUGCGGAUCCCCGGCGCGUCGUCGCUGCCGCAGUGCGUGGCGGCGUGCUGCGACCUGCCGGGGUACGACCUGGCCUGGCUGUUUGAGGGCCGCUGCUACGUUCUGAGCUGCCAGCAGCUGGAAAACUGCCGGCCCAGAGAGCGGCCCGGGGCUGACUCGCUCUUGGCCUUCCUGCGGAGGGCGUCCCCUCAGACGCUGGUGCUUAAGUCCCUCGUGAGAGGCGAGCCAUACGGGGGCCGCUGGAGACCACCGUCCUCUGAGGCCCCCAGGGGCCUGGAGGCUCUGAAGGAUCUGGCCCUCUUCGACGGGCCCCCGCAGGACUUUUCCGACCCCCGGACGCUGGAUGUGGAGUAUUCGGAUGGAAGCCUGGAGGAGAGGGGAGGUGGAGGCUCAGAGGCCGACACGACGGAUGGAAGAGACGGAUUCAACCGAUCGGAGGCAGACGAUGGUCCAGAGAGGAGGGGGCCGACGGAGAGCAGUGCGGCCCCAAUUGGGGCCUCGUCGGUGGGGAACAUCAGCCGAGGAGACGAGGACGGAACCGGGAGGACGGCAGACCCUGCAGCUGCAGAGAGAACGACCAAAACACAAAGCGGCAGCGAUUCUACAUCACUGUCACAAUCGACCACUGACUCCGCCCAGACUCCUCCUCCCACACCUCAUCGGCCCAGCAGCUCCAGCUCGCAGCCAGCUCCAUCCCUGACGACGUUCCUGGGAAAACCUGGAGAACAGAUGAUGUCUACAGAGGAUGCUGCGGUUUCCCCUGAACCCACCACUGACAUCGUGGAGACUCUUCACUCAGCUGCAGCUCCAUCUACCAUGACCAUGACCUCUGACCCCACCACCUCCACCUCAACUCUCAGCACCACAACCCCGACCGCGACCCCCCCCACGACCGCUGCCGAGUCUGAGGUCAGGGGAUCAAACCGUGGCCCGGUAGCGGUGGUGGGUCCCGACAGGAAGUUGAUCCUCCCGCUGAGCAGCCUGUCGCUCGACGGCAGCAGAAGCACCGACGGCUGCGGCGCCCUGAGCUUCCACUGGGACGCCGUCAGCGGUCCUCCUGGGUUGAAGCUGGAGGGCGUGGACCGUGCGGUCGCCACAGUGACGGGUCUUCGGGUGGGACGCUACACCUUCAGACUGACCAUCUCUGACCAGCAGGGGGCGACAGACAGCGCCUCGCUGACGGUCCGGGUGCAGGAGGCCGCGAGUCUUAGCCCUGUCGCUCACGCCAGUGGCAGCCACACGCUGACGCUGCCCGACAACUCGCUGGUUCUCCAGGGCUCCGUCACCGACGGAGACCAGACCCAGGUCCAGUACCUGUGGGUCCGAGACCGCCAGAGUCCUGCUGCCGGGGACGUCCUGUACGGCUCGGAGACCCGGCCGUCUCUGUACCUGGCCAACCUGGUGGAAGGAACCUACCUGUUCCGUCUGAGGGUGACCGACGCCCAGGGCCGAUCUGGCACCGCCACGGCCACGGUGGAGGUCCGACCAGAGCCCGGCGGGGGCGAGGAAGUGGAGCUGGAGAUGCUGGUGUCGGUGUCUCAGGUCAGUUUGUCCCAGAGAGACACGCUGGUCCGACAACUCGCCGCCCUGCUGCACGUCCUCGACACGGACAUCCAGGUCCGAGCGCUGCAGGGACACUCGCACCUCAGCACUGUGUUGAGGUUCUCGGUGUCGGGCCCCUCGGGGCCUCUCUCGGGCUCCAGGUUGGUUGUGUUGCUGAGGACGCAGCUGUUGAGAGAGAAGAGCGACUUCUUGCUGUUCCGAGUCCUGAGAGUCGACACCGUGUUGUGUUUGCUCCGCUGUUCCGGUCGUGGUCAGUGUGAUCCCCUCACCAAGGAGUGUUCGUGUGACCCCUUCUGGACGGAGAAUCUGAUUCGCCGGUACCUUGGCGAUGGAGAGAGCAACUGUGAGUGGAGGAUUCUGUACGUCAUCCUGACCAGCUUCCUGCUCAUGGUCUUCAUCCUGUCUGUCAGCUGGACCUUCAUCUGCUGCUGCAGGAGGAGGAGACAGACCAGAGUGAGGAAGAAAACCAAAUACACCAUCCUGGACAACAUGGACGAACAGGAGCGGCUGGAGCUUCGGCCCAAAUUCAGUAUCAAACACCGCAGCACGGAGCACAACUCCAGCCUGAUGAUGUCCGAGUCGGAGCUGGACAGCGACCAGGACACCAUCUUCAGCCGGGACCGACCCGUCCGCAGCAGGAACCGGCUCGGCGCCCCGGCUGGCUGCAACGGGAACGCCUUUGGAUGACGGGACCACCGACCUCCCUCCGACACAGAAAGGACCCUUCUGGGAUGUUUGCGCUCGGGCGGCUCCGAGUGGCAGGAAGAGACGAGGCUUCUGAAAGUGUGAAGGACUUUAACCCUCUGCUGUGAGGUCAGUGAAACGAACCCGUGUCUCCCGUCAGGACAUAUUUGGAUGAAUGUGAAGACUCAAGGCCAGAGGGGAAACAGGAACGAUUUAAAGACUCCAUCCAAAGAGGGGGAACAACAUCCACCUUCCAGCAGCUUCCAGUCUGUCAGAUUGACAUCGUCUAUCUCGUUAGCCAACAGGCUAAUAGUCACCAGUCCGUCGAGAUCCCUCCCCAUCCAAGGGUCAGGUGAGUUGAGCAAGUCGAAGCUAACUGGACCUGAUGCUAGCUUAACUUAUCGCUACGUGUCAAAUGAUUAGCAUCGGACUUUAAUGCUCUAACUGAGGAAAUCCCCUGUAGUCGGUCCACAAUGUUUUGAGUUAGCUUAGCACUGCUUGGCUAGCCUAAAAAUAUGUCAACUCCGAACGCUAACUUUAAAAAUAGCUCAGCCCAAAAAUCUAAAUUUGAGAUAAAAGGACCCAGAAGCUAAAUCUGCGCUAAACUUGUUGUAUUUAAACUUUUUAAAUUUUAAACAAAUUGCAGUGUUGUCUGAUGACCUCUACUAAGCCAAGACAGAAAAAAUAUGAAUUCCCGUGUCAUUGCAUUAGAGUAGCCCUCGGUGUUGGGCCUAGCUUAGCACAAGGACCCGCUGCAGAGGGAAACAUGCUAGCCAGGCGCAGUCCAACGUGAGAAUAUCACACGUUGAACCCUGUUUGCGGAAUUAUUUUUGGCAACAGUUAGCAGUGGAAGUAUUCUCUACGUUUGAAAGUUUUAAUUAUCAUAGCGUAACUGUCGAAGCUCCUUCAGACCCAGUUUACACCGGACAAAUUUCAGAGGGUCAUUAGUUAUCCGUCAUACAAAAGUCAGUUGGACAGCAUGAAAUAUUAUUGUACUUAACAUUUAUACAAAAAUCAACAUUGUUUUUACAUUAACUGUGACGCCUACAAAGUAUAUUACAAUUAAGACCAAUUACACACAUUAGAAAUACAAUCUGCUGUACAACAGGACAGUGUCAUGGAAUAAUCUUUAGAUCAAGGAGCAGUGUCUCUGAAUUAUGUAAUACUUCAUCUCAUUAUGACAAGGUACUGUAUGUGUGUGUUGCCAAGUUUUUAAAAUCUUUAUCACUUAACGAGGUAUACGCCUUAAGAAAUUAUAACUCUUUCUCUGAACAACUAAGUAGGCGACUCCAAAUUUUGACAUAUUUAGACGCAGUCCUGUUGUUCAACUCUAAGAAAUUAAGUUUUAUAGAGUUUUAUGGCACUUUACACAGAAAGCAGCCUCCUGUGCUUCAACUUCAGUCUGACGGGUUUGACAAAAACCUGCUCAGGAUUAAAUUAACAUCUACACAGCAAAAGAUAUUUUGAAACCACUAUAUUAUAAAAACAAAUUUUUCCUAAAUUAUAUGCACUGCACAAAAAUACACCCAAAAUUGGCUGCAUGCAGAUAAGUUCCAACCUGUUUCCCAUCAUUCACAUUAGCCAACGUGUUCAACAUUUAAUUUAUGGAUUAAUUAAUGUGAUUUGGCAUUACUGACCUGACGGCUAAAUACAAGUAAGGAAUCCUAAUAAGUUUAAGCUAAAGGUCCAAACAAACGACGUGCUAUAGAAAAAAAAUGGGCUUGUUAAGGUCGAUUUGAGUGUGUUCCUUUUUUUUGUUCUCCAAUUAAAUCAGAAUAUAUAGGUAUGAGUCAUUAAAAAAUACUUUUUACUAAAAUAUCCCUUCCACAGAGCAUCAGGAUGAUCAAUACCAAACUUUAGCGUACGGUUUUGUUUUAUCACAGUAAAUGAGCCGUUUCACUUUUUUAAACUAAAUGUGCAACUACAGAAAGUUCACUUCUGUGACUUUAUGGAGGAAAAAGGGAAAAACUUAAAUCAGACUUUUCAGUAGUUUCCUUUUCAAGAUGAUGACAGAUGCUAGACGCUAAUUUUCUGAGCGCCUCAACUGACACUUUGCUAAACCCCUCCCCCCAAAACAGCUACGGCCCAAUCACAGCUUUGCAACAGUAACUAGGCCGAGCAGGCGUGUGGAGCUCCUUCUCAGUUUCUAUUCUUCUUUCCUUUAAAGAGCUGCUCUAAUGUUAGCAUGUCUGGCUAACUAGCUUAUUACCUUCCAGCAGCAACGGAGUGUUAAAGGGUUUAUCAUCUGUUUAUAAUUUAUUGUUCCUUUACUGUAAAUCUGUAACCAGAGCAUCGAGCUCGCUCUCAACGGCUUUUCCCUGUUUAAAUAAAGGCUUGAACAAAGCAUCACUCGAA